GCCAUACAUUGCGUGUUGCUCUUUCGAGAAGAAGAACCACUGUGGGCUGCGAUCCAGAUCCUUAUUUUGAUCUGUGAUAAGAUCUGAGGCCAACAUUGACCUUCCCCCGACAGUCCGUGCUAUCCCUUUGUGCCUUUCUAUGUGACAUUUGCUUCCGCCAAAGGCCGAAUUUGGUGGCUCUCGUUCCAGUCAAGCUUGCCCGUAGCAUGGAUGGCAUCGCCAGUGGGUCCUCAUCUGACCAGAACCUACCAUAUGCUUCAAGAGGAGCUCUCCGACCGUUGACGCUUCGUCAGAUCCUAGAAGCCCAAAGAGCUCAUUCAACCGCUCCCUUUGUCUUGGAUAAUGUAGAACUAAACGCGAUCACGACAGUUGCCCAUCUUGUGCGGGCAGACCCGCCGGAUGAGAGCAGGAACAGAUUUCAUGCCAAUUACACACUAUUGGACGGCUCAAAGCGGAUCAGGGCGACGGAAAUGUUCUCCGAUGACCACCCGGCUUCGAACCUCAAGCUCUCGGAUCCGCACGUACACAAAUACGUGCGCGUAGUAGGCAGAGUGGACCAGUUUCCGCCGGGGGCGACGAAUUCGAUCAAGGUCAUCGCCAUCCGGGAAUGCACCGACCCACACGAGUACUUCCAUCACUUCCUUCAAUGCUGUGCCGUGACACAGUGCUACAAAUUGGGAAUUCCACUACCGACUGUGUUACCACCUCUACGCUCCGACCGCAUCGAAGAUACAACAGUGAAUGACGACUCAUUGAUGUCUAUCGACGAGCCGACAACCGCGCCGGAGGCACACCCCCACCUCUGGAGCGACCCCUUAUCCCAUCUUAACACUCUCCAGCGGGGAGUCAUUUUGGCCAUGCUGAACAACACAACCGCCGACGGCAUGUGGGUCCGCGAAAUCACCCAAGCCGUCAGACACCUAUCACUCAGGCCCGAAGAGAUUGGCGAUGCACUCGACUAUCUCGCAGACGAGGGGUACAUCGAAUGCCCGAUACAGAGCAACAUACAGUACUGUGUGCUCACGGCCAAGAGUAGAUCGGCUAGUGGACAAUAUCUGCUUCCUGCGAACUAGGCAAGCUUAACGAUACCCAUGGGAUACAUUGGGUCAUAGAGAGAGAAGUAUCACGUCUUGUAUUUGUACCGCACAACGGAGGCUCUAAAUUCACGGAUUGGUUCGCAGUA